CGCGCAAUCCUUAGAAGGGAACAGUUAUAACGUAACGUUAAGGGUUUGCUAAACGGUGCUUGUGCCAUUUUUUUCUAACAGGCUUUUCAGAUGAGCCCAUAUUUUGAGUGACCCGAGAGAAGAGGAGAACCAUUUUUCCUGCGUCUCUGUCUGUCUCAUGAGCAGCCAUGCCUGUUCUCUCACCUACCACAGGUUUACACGAGAUGCUAGCCCUCCUCACAUCCCAGCUGCAUCCAGAUGCUAAUCAUAAAGAGGACAUGGUUUUCCUCAGGGAGGUCUUCAGUGAGAGGAGCCUCAGCUAUCUUAUGAAAAUCCAUGAGCGACUCAGGCAGUUCCAGCUCCAGAGCCUGACCCCAGUGCUCCACAGCGCAUCCUGCCUGGCCGAAGAUGUCGCAGAGGAGCUACAGAACGGACCACUGGAAGAAGAUGAGAGAGAGCUAUUAACACUUCUUACUGAUCCACAUGUGAAGGCAGUGCUAAUAGUACAUGACACAGUGGCGCAGAAGAACUUUGAGCCUGUGCUCCCCCCUCUGCCGGAUGAUCUAGACGAUGAACUAGAGGAGGAAUCAGUGAAGAUUGUGCGUUUGGUGAAGAACAAGGAGCCUCUUGGUGCGACCAUCCGCAGAGAUGAAGUAACUGGGGCGGUAGUGGUUGCUAGGAUAAUGAGGGGCGGGGCUGCAGACCGCAGUGGUCUGGUACAUGUUGGAGAUGAGUUGAGGGAGGUCAAUGGAAAUCUAAUUAUACACAAACGUCCUGAGGAGAUCAGCCAGGUUCUGUGUCAGUCUCAGGGCUCGAUCACUCUGAAGAUAAUCCCUGCCAUUAAGGAGGAGGAUAGAUUCAAGGAGAGUAAGGUCUAUUUAAGAGCCCUGUUUGAUUACACACCAUUUGAAGACAAGGCCACACCCUGUCAGGAGGCAGGACUGCCUUUCACAUGUGGGGACAUCCUGCAAGUGGUGAGCCAAGAUGACCCAACAUGGUGGCAGGCCAAAAGAGUGGGAGACAGCAACCUGCGUGCUGGACUCAUUCCUUCAAGACAGUUCCAGGAGAGACGACUGUUGUAUAGGGUGAAAAUGGGAACACACCAGAGCCCUAAAUCACCUAGAGCAUCACCAUGUGACCAAACUUGUGAAAAAGAGGACUGUGACAGUGAGGACAGUGUCAGUGGACAGCACAUAGUUUCUCCAAAGUGUAAGGCGGUGGCACCGUCCUGUGGUCAGGCCUUUUCCUGGGAGUUUUACUCAGCUGGUCUAAGGAGAAGCUUCAGACUGAGCCGCAAGGAUCACCAGGGUUCGACCAAAGAGUCUCAUCCAGCGGAGUCCACAGAGAGUGAGUUUCUCAUAUAUGAAGAGGUGACACUAUAUCAGAUGAGACCCCAAGACAAACCAAGACUUGUGGUGCUGAUAGGAUCUCUUGGUGCUCGAAUCAAUGAGCUGAAGCAGAAGGUGAUUGCUGAGAAUCCUCAUCGAUAUGGUGUUGCUGUGCCACACACAACCAGACCCAGGAAGAGCCACGAGAAGGAAGGUGUAGAAUACAACUUCAUCUCCAAGCAAGCCUUUGAGGCUGACAUCCAAUCGAAUAAGUUUAUUGAAUAUGGUGAAUAUAAGAAUAACCAAUAUGGGACGAGUCUGGAGUCUAUCCGGAGUGUCCUGGCGAGAAAUAAAGUGUGUCUAGUAGAUGUUCAACCUGAGGCCCUGAAAAUCCUCCAUACAGCAGAGUUUAAGCCCUAUGUGAUUUUUGUAAAGCCACGCAUCCCUGAGAUUAGUCGGCAAUGUAGCUCUCCCACAUCACCAGGAAGGGGUGACAAUGGACAUAUCACAGAUGAAGACCUGCAGGACAUGAGGCAGUCAGCCGAGCAGAUGGACCAGCAAUAUGGCCACCUAGUGGACAGGGUACUGGUAAAGGAGGACUCUGCCAGUGCCUGUGUAGAGCUGAGGAAUAUUCUGGAACGACUCGAGAGGGAGCCGCAGUGGGUGCCUGUCAGCUGGGUCCGAUCUUGAUCCUCCCUCCUUUCUUAAAUUCAAAUGCUCACAUAUGGUGUAAUGAAAACAUGUAAUGAUCCUCUCUGCCUCUUUCUGAGUCUGCUGUCUGCCUGUUUUAGUUUCAUCCUGUUCGACUGAGGUAAUACAAAGCAAAACACAAGUGCCAUCUGACUUGUUGAAACUGGGUGUUGCACUGCGCUAGUGGUGAAGAUUUCUGUUCAUAAGACUUUGCAUGAAAGUAGCAUUGACAAGAAAUGUAUCAUUAAUAGCUGAAAUAAUUUGUUUUCUGAGGAACAAAUGGUUGUCCUUAGUUCUGUCGAGUGAGCUGCACAAAAAAAAAAAAUCAGAUGAGGACAGGAUCACUUGAAUGAGAGGACAAACACUGACUCAGGUUUACUCACUGUGUCAAAGCUGGUUUCUGCUAGGCAAACCAUCGAGUGUGAAAGUCUCUUGUUUUGAUAUCUUAAACUUAUGCUGGCUGUGUAUAUUUAGUCAAAUGUAAAUGGGAAUGAUGUAAAAUAUCAUACUGUAUAUUUGCAAACAAUUUCAGUGUCUAUACUUGUGUAAAAUAAAAUUUCGUAUUUGGUCAGCCUGUCAUAAUUUAGUUGUAAUUGUCAAAGUUUUUGUAUCAAACUGAUGACUAUGAUGUCUGUGUAGUUUAUUAGACAAAUUCUACAUUAUAGUCAAAGAGCAUAAGGCAUGUUAACAUCUUUAUGGCCAUAUAAUACUGUUCAAAAUGUUAUGAAUGUGUACCCUUUUAGAAUAUAUGGAGUAUUUUUGAAUGUAAAUUGUUAUAAUAAAAAUU